UGAUGUCAUAGUGAUGUCAAUGGCCCUGACAGUGACUGCACACUUAACUUGUGGUUUGGGCAGCAUUGCAUGCUGACAGCAGAGAGAGAAAGACAAGCUUUCAGCUCACUAUACAUGGCUGUGACUGGAGAUGAGACGGAAUCAGCCACCACUGGAGGUAUGUCUGCGUAUCAGAUUUCCUCUCCUGCAUCUGGCUUUUCCCAGGCAAUGGACGGCUCACCCGGCUCUCUGCCAAGCCCUCAGCAGCUGACUGAGGAAGCAUCACGUAAGAGGGAACUCCGGCUGAUGAAAAACAGGACGGCGGCCAAAGAGUACAGACGCAGGAAGAAGGACUAUGUGCGGAGCUUAGAGAUGCGUAUCGCCAUCAUCGAAAACCAGAAGCAGAAAAUGACAGAAGAGCUGGACAGUCUAAGGCAAAUGUACGCUGGACAGUCCAAUUCAAUUUAGUGGCAUACCAGACUGCUGCUAUCUGUUUUGAUUCUGUUUUACCGUAAAAUGUUAUCAUAUGUGUGUUUUAUAUCUUAUGUGAAAAUUGAACAGUAGACCAGCACUGCCUAUUCUCAUUAGGCACUUUUGAAGAUUUUAUAUUGAUAAUUGGAAUAUAUAUUUCAAACAUUGACUGUAAGAGAAGUAUUUAAUUUAAUGUCAAGGACCGCUUAUAUAAGUCAUUCACAAACACACCAGCUCCAAAACUGAUAUGAAUAUAGUUACUGUACAUACUUACUGUAAUAAAUAUAAGAUAAACAGAUAUGUGUUGUCUAGAUGAAGUGGGUUUUUGUGUUUAUAGCAUACUAAUCCAAAAUUCAAAAAAAUGUAACUGAACACGCCAAAUAUUAUAACAAAAAUGAAAUAUUGUUGGUAACAAAUAUAUUCUUGAAUUCGACCUGGUGUUUUUUUCGAGUGGCACAAUCCUCCAGAGAUUCCAUUGAGACUAUGAGCACAGUUUUAUGUUUUUUCUCUUUAGCAUUUGUUUAAAUAAAUGUAUCUAGCUCUCCAUUA